GCGACGAAAAGACAAGCGGCGAUGACGUCAGACAGAAAUGGUGGUCUGGUAUAGCGUAAGGUGCGGCAUGACGGGAGCCGAAGGAACAGUUGCGCGACAGCAUUGAAGCAUAACACUGAUGGACAACAACAAAAAAUCAUGAUGAAACAUUUUGAUUCAAGAGAAAGGAUUCAAGAUGACACAUGGUGUGAAGGGGCACAGAAUGAUGAAGAAGAAGAGGAGCCGAGCCCGAUCAGAUCCAGUUUCUCUGUCGAGGACUUGCUCGAUGAGGUGGAGAAGAUCAGCAGUGUCGCCAGUAGCGGCAAAAAGGUGGAGAUUGUAGUGAGACUGUGGAAAAACGGCUUCACAGUAAAUGAUGAAGACUUGCGAAGUUACACUCUGGAGGAAAACCAAGAGUUCCUGGAGGCCAUCAAGAAAGGUGAGCUGCCUCUGGAACUAGAAGGAAGAGCUGAGGAUGAAGAACUAGAGGUCAAUGUGGAUGACAUGAAAGAUGAAGUUUAUGUCCCAAAGAAAAAGACCUUCCAUCCAUUUACCGGCAGAGGCUACAGACUGGGGAGUGUGGCGCCACGAGUGGUGGCCAGGUCUCGCUCGAUACACGACGACUGCUCUGGUCCUCCUCUUCCUGUAGUGGAUGUGAAUGAAGACCUCCCCGUGACCUCACUCCAGAUCUGGCUGGCAGAUGGUCGGCGUCUUGUGCAAAGGUUUAAUCUAUCACAUCGGAUCAGCGACGUGCAGGAUUUCUUGGAACAGGCCCAGAGCACCGAAGAGCCAUUCGUCCUGACUACAUCCCUGCCGAUCCGAGAGCUGAAUGAGCCGGGUCAGAGUUUAGAAGAGGCAGAUUUAACAAACGCAGUCAUUGUUCAAAGGAUCCUGAACACACAAGCUCCAUUUGGUCACUCCUGAUCUGUAUUUUACAAAUCUUCAACCACAAAGGCCCCCAUGUUUCAUCUUCUAGUUACGCUCCUGAUUGAUAAGAUCCUACGAUCCCUAUUAAUGCGUCUGAUUUUAAGCACUUUGAUAAUACAAAUGGCCACUGGUGUAUAAAUACGAAGAGCUUUAACACUUAUUUUUUGUUGCGCUGUAUUAUUUCACAGCUGGAUGCCUUGGCCUUCUCUGAUGCGAUGCUGUUUGCACAUGCCCAGUCUAUAAUCUUCACGAUUUAUAAAUGUUUACACGUAGAUCAAUAAAGAAGCUGAUCACGGAUCUGCUGUAAUGCUUGACAGUGUUGUGUUCUACUGAAACAGAUCAUUUGAUUUCGCUGUUGUGUUAUUGUAGACUGUUCAUUUUUGAAUGUCAAUUGUUUUAUGCACCUUGCUUAAAGCAGACGCUCUGUUGCACAAGAUCUCUGCUUGCAAUAAACCUGUUGAAGAUGUA